ACAGCCAACCCACAAUCAAGCUCUAGACUUGACGACUCUUCAGCCACUUUUGGAACUAUAUGGAUUAAUUGACAGAUACUCUAGACUACAACCAAAACAAAGUCUGCUGUUUCAAGACCUCAUAGGAUGGCCAUUGAGUUAGAUACUUAUUCACCACCUAAUCAAAAGUGGGAUAAGCGAUCCCCGCUCUUCCCCGCGUAAGACAUAGGCCGAGAUAGGAUCCUGGAGCUGACCAUUCUGAACUCCAAUACGACAGCGAGUUGAUAUAUGCUUAUCCAAGCGUGCAUCUAUUCCAAUGGCUGCUUCUGAAACGCUAUUUCCUGGUGUAGCUGUGGUGACGGGUGCUGCUGGGACAGGUAUCGGCGCAGCCACUGCGCGCGCCUUCGCAGCCGCAGGAUGUACUCGGCUCGCAAUCACAGACAUAAACGCUUCACUUCUCGACGAAACCCGCACCUCAAUUCUCUCUUCCUAUCCAGAUACUACAGUCCUUGCUAUCCCCGGCGACAUCGCCGCUGACACCUUUGCCGAAGACUUCAUCGCGCAAGUAGUAGCGCAUUUCGGAAGGGUCGAUUAUGCCGUCAAUUGCGCAGGAGUACUGGGCAAGCCUCUAGUAUCUGGAGAAAUGGACAUUGCAGAAUUCGACCGAGUCAAUGCGGUUAACUAUCGAGGAUGUUGGCUGUCGUCGAGGGCGGAGUUGAAGGCCAUGGUAGGACAAGACCCCGUUAAGGACGGAAUACGGAAGCAGCGAGGAGCGAUUGUCAAUAUUGCUAGUCAGUUGGGGAUAGUAGGGAGACCGAAUGCUCCCGCAUACUGCGCCUCCAAAGCUGCUGUGAUCGCACUUACGCGUUCCGACGCAAUCGACUAUUCAAAACACAAUAUCCGAGUCAAUUGUAUCUGUCCCGGUGUGAUCGACACACCUAUGACGACUUCAGAUGAAAAGACGAAAGAGAUGUUACAGCCAGCUGUGGCUAUUGCGCCAAUGGGACGUAUGGGUACCCCGGAGGAAGUUGCGGAUUGUGCACUGUUUUUGGUCUCGGAGAAAGCGUCGUUCGUGCAGGGGCAUGCAAUGGUUGUGGAUGGUGGUUAUGUGAUUAAUUAGAUAGGCGGUUUGGACUUGGGUACGAUACAGACUAUUCAGAUACUGUUGGUGGAGGACAAUAUUAAGUACAGAGU